UGCUGUUUGCUGUCAGUUUUUUUUUUUUUUUUCCUUACCUGAUAAGAAGAGAGCUGCGGCAGCCAUGGCUGAUAAGAGACUAAAGGAAAAAAGGAAAUUAUUUGUUGAUUCAGUGUCUGAGGACACACUUCACAGCUUGCUGGAUGAUGUGCUACAUGAAAAAGUGCUGAACCAAGAGGAGAUUGAAAAGGUGAAAAAGGGAAAUAUUGCAGUGACAGGCAAGGCCCGUGACUUAAUUGACUCAGUGAUCCCCAAAGGGUCCCGUGCCUGUCAAGUAUUUAUUGAUCAUAUCUGCCAGAGGGAUUCCACCCUUGCUUACAAGCUGGGGUUUUCUUCAGAAACCCUUGCCAAAACCCAUGCUAGAACAGAUGUGCCAUCUGCAGAACCUCCAGGCACACUCAAGCUUUGUCCUCGUGAAAACUUCUUGAAACUUCGCAGAACAGCAGCUGGAAAGAUCUAUCCAAUACGAGAGAAAGGGGACCGCACUCGUAUGGCCCUCAUCAUCUGUAACACAGAGUUUGACCAUCUUCCAAGGCGCAAUGGAUCCACUCAUGACAUCAAAGGGAUGAAAGGUGUGCUUGAGGCCCUAGACUAUAGAGUGGAUGUGAAAGAGAAUCUCACAGCCAAGGCCACAGAGAAAGUAUUAAGAACAUUUGCUUCCUGGCCAGAGCACCGAAACUCAGACAGCACAUUCUUGGUGUUCAUGUCCCACGGCGUCUUAGAUGGUUUCUGCGGAGUUGAACAUCAGGAUGAAAAACCAGAUGUGUUGCCUUAUGACACUGUAUUCCAGAUUUUUAAUAACUGCAACUGUUCUCAUUUGAAGGACAAACCCAAAGUCAUCAUCAUCCAGGCCUGCAGAGGUGCAAACAGUGGAGAGGCGUGGGUCAGUGACUCUCAAGCAGGCUCAGUAAAAAGCCCUUCACAGUCUCCAUUGAACCUGACUCAUGACGGUGUCAACAAGACCCAUGUGGAGAAGGACUUUGUUGCCUUUUACUCUUCAACACCACAUAAUGUUUCCUGGAGAAGUCCAAAGGGUUCUUUCUUCAUCACAAAACUGAUAGACUAUGUCCAAACUUAUGCUUGGGAUUGUCACCUGACAGAAAUAUUUAUGAAGGUUCAACAAUCAUUUGAAAACCCAAAUGUCAAAGUCCAAAUGCCUUCAAUUGACAGACAAACUUUGACCAGGCACUUUUACCUUUUCCCAGGAAAUUAAAAUUACUCUCUGCUAUGCCCUUGGAAAGCAGUAGAAAAUGACUCAAGUUGUUGGGCCCCUGCACCAGCGUGGGGGACCUGGAAGAAGCUCCUGGCUCCUGGCUUCGGAUUGGCGCAGCUCUGGCCAUUGCAGCCAUCUGGGGAGUGAACCAGCGGAUAGAAGACCUUUCUCUCUCUCUCUCUCUCUCUCUGUCUCUCCUCACUCUGUGUAACUAUGACUUUCAAAUAAAUAAAUCUUUAGAAAAACAUAUUGAAACAAUAAUUUUAAAGUGCUGAAAGAAAAACAAAACAUCAAAAUAGAAUGCUAUUUCCAGCAAAAAAAAAAAAGUCAUUUAAAAGUGAAAGGGAAAUAAAAUUACAAAAUGAAACAAAAAAGGAAAAUAUUUACCAAAUGACAUUAAAUCAGAAAUCCAAGUUUAUUUUAUUUGUUUUCAUUUUCAUUUUUAAGGAAGAGAGAGGGAAGAAGAUCUUCCAACCACUGGUUCAUUCUCAAAUGCCAGCCAACAGCAUAACCAGGCUGAAUCCAAGAAGUUAGAAUUCAAUCUGAAUUUCCCAGGUCUGUGUCAGGAUAUAGUGUGUCUCAAGAUUCACAUUAGCAAGAAGCAGAUUGGAAGAGUAGUAGCCUGGACUUGAACCAAGCACUUCAAUAUAGGAAUUGGGCAACCCACGCAAUACCAAACAUCUGCCCCAAGAACUCAAUUAUUUAAAAAAUAAAUAAACAAAUAAUUAAAUAAGUACAGUAAACUACAAAAGGAUAAAUAAAGAAAAUUUUUAGGUGCAAGAAAAAUUUCACCAGAAGGAUAUUUAGAUCAACAGAAUUAUGACAUACUCAUUUAAGGCUUUUCUUUUUCUCUCAUUAAAAUUUUUUUUAAAAGGGGGCUAGCUCUGUGGCAUAGUGGGUAAAGCUGCUGCCUGCAGUGCUGGCAUCUCAUAUGGGCAUCGGUUCGAAUACAUUUCCGAUCCAGCUCCCUACUGAUAUGCCUUGGAAAGCAGUAGAAGAUGGCUCAAAUGCUUGGGCCCCUGGAUCCAUUCUGUAGGCCCGGAAGAAGCUCCUGGCUCCUGUCUUUGGAUUGGCCCAUCUCCAGCUGUUGUGGUCAUUUGGGGAAUGAACCAGUGGAUGGAAGAUUGCUCUCUCUCUCUCUCUCUGUCUCUGCCUCUCUGUAACUCUGCCUUUCAAAUAAAUAAAUAAAUCUUUAAAAAUUUCUUUAAAAGAUAAUUGUUUAAUAUAAAAAUAUAUAAAUGUACUGCUGAUGUAUAACAGAUUAAGUAAUACAAUGUAUGACAACACAAAGGCUGGCAUAUGAAACAGAAGUAUAUUUUAACCUACUUACAUUAUGUUUUAUAUUAUAUGUAAAGUAAAUAAUAUUUGAAAAAUAGAAUAUAAUAAAUCAAAUAUAGACAUUGUAAAAUCAUAAAAACUUCUAAAAUUAGUGGAAUGGCUAAUAGGGUAAGAAAGAAGACAAAAUAAAUACUAUAUAUUACUAUAUACAUAUAUGUAUAUAUUCAGCUAAUUCAAAACAAAGUAGAAAAAGGACAUAUUUUAAAAAGCCAGUAACAGGGUUCACUGUUAUGGCAUAGUGGAUUAAGCCACUAUCUGUGACACUGGCAUCCCAUACAAAUACUAGUUCUAUUACUGGCCACUCCACUUCUGGUCCAACCCCCUGCCAAAAUUCCUGAGAAGACAGCAGAAAAUGGCCCAAGUGGUACUUGGGCCCCUGCCAUUCAUAGGUGAGACCUGGAUGGAGUUCCAGGAUCCUGCCCCAGCCCCAACUGUUGUGUCCAUUCAGGGAAUGAACUAGCAGAUGGAAGAACUCUAUCUUUCCCUUAAAUAAACACUUUUUUUAAAAAAGCCAGUAACAUGUCAGAUUCAAAUUCAAAUACGUGAAUUAUAAUUUAAAUUUAUAAAUUGAAAAUACUUGCAUAUGUUUUAAGUGCUCUGAAUAAAAUACAGAGUUGUUAAAAACAAUACACAAGUAUAUGCUAUCUAAAAGAAGAACACGUUUAAUGUAAAGAUACGGUUAUGUUCAAGUAAAUGCACAAGAAAUACAUACGGUGAAAACUGAUGAUAAAGAACACAAAAACCCAGAUUAUAUUUUUAAAAAGAGACACUGAUCAGGUUUUGCAAAAUUAAAAACUUUUGCUCCUCAAAAUACCAUUCAGGAGAUUAAAAGUAAUAUAAUAGCCUAGAAGAAAAUAUUCAUAGUAUGUUUGUUCAACAAAUUUCUUGUAUUAAAUACUUAAAGAAUACUUUAUAACCCAAUAAGAAAACAAAUUACUAGAUAAAAAUGAGCAGUUCAUUUGGAAAUUUUAAGAAAGAAGCUACAAAAAAUGGUUAAGAAGUGCAUAAAGUGAUCUUUCACAACAUUAAUCCUCAGAAAAAAGCAAAUUGAAACCACAGUAAAAUAUUAAUAUGUAGUCAAAUCUGCAAACAACCUAAGUAGACAUUAACAAGUGACUGAAUAAACACCUAUACAAGCAUACUCAUAGAGUACAAUGCUUUUCACUAAUAAAAAACCAUGAAGACUUCUAUACAUCAAAGUAGAAAACUGUCACAAGCACCACUGGUCACACAGCUCAACAAGGCUAAUGCUAUGCUUUGGAGCACAGGGAAGAAUCACACAGAAUCGUGAUAGUCUUUUUAAUAUAAUUUAUUGUUCAAUACCACUCAAUAUAUAUUCAGUGCACACAUCUAAAGGUCAAAACUACUCAAUAUGUCAUUAGUCCACAGGUCAUAACACACAUCUAGGAGUAAGACAACCUCUAAAAAUAUCCUGCAAUAGUAGUAAGUAUAACACAUACAAACAUAAAGGCAUAAUCGAUCUAAACAGUCAUGGCUAAGGGUGUAAUAUGAAUGCUGCAUUCCCAAGGUUCAUAUCAUGGUCUAGAAAAUCAAAGUCCAGAGUCCAGAGUCUCCGUUACCAGUCAGAGAGAUCUCAGAACAGUCACUUACGGACAGUAGUGGGGAGAUGAAUGGCACUCUGGGCAGUAGGCUCGAUGGUGAAGGGUUGGAGAAGUUACCAAUAAGAAGUCCAAUCCAGCUCCAAUGUCAGCUCCGGCAGCGGCUGGGACGUCCAGGCGAGAUUGGAUCCAGCAGAGUGGGGAGCAGUUUUGGUCAGUGAAGACUCAAGCAGACUUUCGGCAAGAUGAGGUGGAUCCACUCGACCAUCACUGGCACUGAGCCAAGGUCCCCGAGGGGAUGAAGAGCAGUUGUGAGGCUUGCCUUUUAUCCCCCCUCUGGAGUAGGUGGGCGGUGAAUGUGCUCUAGGGUGUCACCAAUCACAGGCUCAUCAUUUUGGGUGUCACCAACCAGAUGUUAGUGUUUGGGUGUGACCAAUGGUGUGUUAGGGGUCUUCUGGGUGUGGCCAAUUGUGGUGCAGUAGUGUCAGUGAAGUAAUGUGGUAGCCAGCUGGUUGGCUUCUUAUGAUGUAAUGUCUCCCAGUCCUUAUCAAGCUUCAUCAUCUAUGUCUGUUCUGACAGAGGGUCUGGGCAGUUCCUGGUGCUUGGUGGCAUCAGCUUAAGUAACUCCAUUUUGGUUUUGCUUUGUAGUCUUAGUUUAAGUAACUCCAUUUUGGUUUUGCUUUUUCUCUUGCUUUUUGGGUUAGUGGUGCUUUGUAACUCUUUUGGGACUCCUGUGGGAUUUCCCACAAAAACUCUCCAAAAAUAUUUUAUUAAUCAAAAGAAUGUUUUACAAAUAAGACAUAUUAUACUAUGUGAACCACAUAAAUUAUUGUAAAAUUAUUAUAAAAUACAGAAAUAAUUAUAAAAACAAAUCUUUGUCAAUACUAAUUAGAUCAGUGGUUUCCUUGAAUUUGGGGUUGUUGUAAUUGACUGCAAUUGGACUUGUUAAGAUACUGGACAUAUUUUGUGCAUGUCUGCAAAUUAUACCAUACCAAUGUGAACUAAAGAUAAAGAUAAGCAAUUCAAAUGACAUUUUUCAUAGGAUAAAAGGCAAAUACUAAUGGUAUAUUAACUUUCAGAUAGGUAUCAAUUCACAUAUAUUAAUCUAAGAAAAUGCAUUCAGUUGUUUAUCAAAAAUGAUGGUUUGAUUGACUGAUAUGUAGAUACCAAUAACUUGGGUGAUGUAUUAUUAGCGUGAGAUACUCUAAUAUUUAGCCUUUACUCAUAUUGAUAGUACUGUCAUUUUAACCACUUUCAAAUACUCUCCAUGUGUAAUUCAGGCUAUUAAAUUCCAUGCACAGAAUUUUGGGUGAGUCACUCAAGUAUUUAAGCUGACACAUUUAACUUUCUCCAAACUGUUCAAAUAUAUAUAAUUAACUGAGUCAUAUAUUCAUUUAUUUCUACCAACAGUGUUUAUUAUAUUGAGUAAUAGAGGUAUGUUAGCUUGUUUAAAUAGAAUAGUACACUUCAAAAUUUUAUUAUAAAUUAACUUCAAUUAUUAUAUAAAUUAGUAAUCCACCCAAAUUAUUCCUUCUUAUAUCUACUACACCAGUUAUUUCAACAUAGAUGUGGUCAGUCCAACACAAUAAACUGUACUUUUCCUAACAAGACCUAACAAGAUACUUAGACCUUACAGUUUAGAAUUGCGUAAUAGCUAAUUUGUGACUGGAAACACUGCAAACCCUCCCUUAAAUUCCUUAAAUUCUUUAUCAUUCUCAACCAGAGAUGUAUUUGUGUAUGGUAGACUGAGACUAUUCAUGAUUACAGACAUCAUCCCUGAAACACAACUGCCACACCUAAUCACUCUUAUUUCUCUCUCUUCCAAAGGAAGUCAGUAAAGACGUCCUUGUGUAUCUACUUUCUGAAGAAAAUUUACUAAUCUAGUAGUUUUUGAAAUUUUUAUUGAUUUAAAUAAAAUGUAAAAACCAAAUUAACUGAAUAUGUACCGAGGUUUUCUUUUGUUCAUGUGUGAAAAACAGUUUUUCCAUGAGAAAUAUGGUCACAGAAGCUUCAGGAAAAAAGAUAUGAAUGAAUGAAAUGAAAUGAAUGAAUAUGAAAAAAGCUGAAUGAAUUUAAUUAAAUAAGCUACAUUUCUACUAAUGUCACUGAAG